AUGCCUUCAUCUGUGACCAGUACUUCACAUUUGAAUUUCACAAAUUCUAGCGCCGAGGCCGCGCGUGGAGAUGCGAAUGAUGUAGUAUUCAUUCUAACCAGCUCUUUUCUCAUAUUCACAAUGCAAUCAGGAUAUGCUUUGUUAGAAUCAGGGAUAGUAUCUCGAAAGAAUGAAGUGAACAUCUUGGUUAAGAAUGCUACCAAUGUCCUGAUGGGCGGCUUCGCUUAUUGGGCAUUUGGAUUCGGUUUGAGUUUCGGAAAAACUUAUUCUAAUCUCUUCAUAGCUUACGGAUCGUUCUUCAUCGUUGCAAGCCAAGAAGAAAUGGGUGUGGUAUAUUCCAAGUUUGUAUUUGAGUUGGCCUAUGCGACAACCGCCACCACACUUAUCUCCGGAGCUAUGGCGGAACGGUGCAAGUUCACCAGCUACUGUAUCGUAACUGUUCUGGUCAUCUUUGUGUAUAGUAUACCGGCUGGAUGGAUGUGGAGAGAUGAUGGCUUUCUUUCAACUUUGGGAGCUGUAGACGUUGGAGGGUCCGGUGUCGUCCACUUAGUGGGAGGGUGCUGUGGUCUGGUAGCUGCUACUAUUCUUGGCCCACGUGCUGGCCGUUAUGACCGUGGCACUCAACUGCUACCUCUAGGAAACCCUACAAAUGCACUUCUAGGGUUAUUUAUGUUAUGGUGGGGGUGGCUUGGUUUUAGUGCUGGAAGUACAACCGGGAUUGUGGAUGAUAAGUGGAAAUAUUCUUCAAGGGCAUCAGUUACAACUAUUUUAGCAUCAUCUGGUGGUGGAUUAGUUGGAAUGACAUACAGCUUUUAUUUUAAAAAAGGCAUACAUGAUGUCCCUAUUUUGAUGAAUGCAGUCAUGGGAUCUCUAGUUGCCAUUUCCGGAGGAUGCACUAUUGUUCGACCUUGGGAAGCUAUUAUUAUCGGAAUGGUCGCUGCACUCUUGGUUCUAUUUUCCAUUCCUUUGAUCGACAGACUUCACAUUGAUGAUCCAACAAAUACUUUCGCCGUACACGGAAUUGCCGGUGCUUGGGGAAUGAUGGCCAUAGGAUUGUUUUCAGUGGAAGACAACAUCAGAAAUUAUACCAGAGGUCUCAAUGGAUUGUUUAAAGGUGGAGGAUGGAGAUUUAUUGCAGUUCAAUCUAUGGCGUGUGGAGUACUGUUUGCAUGGAGCAUGAUUGUUGCAACAAUUUUACUUUUCGUAAUACAUAAGAUUAUUGGAAUGCGAAUGCCCCUUGAAGAAGAAAUUCUUGGACCAGAUUACAUAGAUCACUGUCUCAAACAUGAUGGAAAUGCUCAGAUAAUUAAAAGCUUUAAAGAAAAGAGAAGACAGCUGAGACGUCGAUUUUGA